GGGGAAGGCCCCGGCAUGGCCCCGCUGCUGCUGCUGUGGCUGCUGGCGCUGUGCGCGGGGGGCCCGGCGGGCGCGCAGCCCCCCGCCGCCGAGCCCGCCUGCCCCGUGUGCCUGUGGCGGCGGCACAGCAAGGAGCUGCGCCUGGAGAGCAUCAAGUCGCAGAUCCUCAGCAAGCUGCGCCUCAAGGAAGCGCCCAACAUCACCCGCGAGGUGGUGAAGCAGCUGCUGCCCAAGGCGCCGCCGCUCCAGCAGCUCCUCGACCUCCACGACUUCCAGGGCGACUCGCUGCAGCCCGACGAGUACCUGGAGGAGGACGAGUACCACGCCACCACCGAGACCGUCAUCAGCAUGGCCCAGGAAACGGACCCCGUGGUGCAGAUCGAGGGCAACCCCCACUGCUGCUUCUUCAACUUCAGCCCCAAGAUCAUGUUCACCAAGGUGGUGAAGGCCCAGCUGUGGGUGUACCUGCGGCCGGUGCAGCACACCUCCACCGUCUACCUGCAGAUCCUCCGCCUGAAGCCGGUGACGGAGGAGGGCAGCCGCCACAUCCGCAUCCGCUCGCUCAAGAUCGACCUCAACUCCCGCAUCGGGCACUGGCAGAGCAUCGACUUCAAGCACGUGCUGCAGAACUGGUUCAAGCAGCCGCAGAACAACUGGGGCAUCGAGAUCAACGCCUUCGACCCCAACGGCAACGACCUGGCCGUCACCUCGCUGGGCCCCGGCGCCGAAGGGCUGCACCCCUUCAUGGAGCUGCGGGUGCUGGAGAACAACAAGCGCUCGCGGAGGAACCUGGGGCUCGACUGCGACGAGCACUCGACCGAGUCGCGCUGCUGCCGCUACCCGCUCACCGUCGACUUCGAGGCCUUCGGCUGGGACUGGAUUAUCGCCCCCAAGAGAUACAAAGCCAACUACUGCUCGGGGCAGUGCGAGUACAUGUUCAUGCAGAAGUACCCGCACACCCACCUGGUGCAGCAGGCCAACCCCCGGGGCUCGGCGGGGCCCUGCUGCACCCCCACCAAGAUGUCCCCCAUCAACAUGCUUUACUUCAACGACAAACAGCAGAUCAUCUACGGCAAGAUCCCGGGCAUGGUAGUUGACAGAUGCGGAUGCUCCUAGACCCCAGCUGGUGCUGCCCCUUCCGCCCCGGGCCCCCCGCUUCCAACCAACAAACUCAUCUUUUCUUCCACUGUUUUUUUUUAUUAUUAUUAUUUUUAUUUUUUACAUACAAAGAACAAGCGUUGAAAUUCCUCUGAAUGUCGGGGAACGAGAGAGAAUAAAAUCCCACGGAGAAAUACUGCACCAAACCUGCGCUUCGACAUGCAUCGUGCAAUAAGCAACCGUACGGAGGAGGGCGGGGGCAGCCCGGCCCCGGCCCCGGCCGCAGCCACCGCAUCGGACGGCGACGCGGCCCCGCCACCGAGAGACUCUUCUUCCACCCGGGUUUCUCCGGCGCCGAACCAAACCGGGGCGAACGCAGCUGCGGCGGAGCCGGCGGAGGAGCCACGCCGGCGAGCAAGGCGCCCGGCGCCGAGGGAGACUUCCCCGGAUCGCCGGCGCUUCCCCCGGGCGAGCGGGCUCGGGGGACGUCCCCGCGCCGUGGGGCUCGUCCAGCUGGAUCCCGGCACGGCUCCGGCGCCCGCGGCUUGCUCCGCGCGUCCGACCCAUCCCCACGCGCCCGCCGGCUCCUGCUCCGGCCCGGUGCGAGGACGGGGCGUCCCGGGCGCUGCCGGAGCGAGGACUGCGGGGAGCCCUCCGGGACGGGGAGGGACCCGUCUCCCUUGUUUAAUUUAUUUAUUUAUUAAUUAACCCUUCCGGCUAGCGCUUUGCUGCUGGCACCCCCGCUCGGGCGGGCGCUGGCCUCUCCCCUCCCUCGGCGCCCGUCCCGUCCCGUCCCGUCCCCGGCCGGGCGGGG